GGUUCUGAUCUGUGAUCACAACGGGUUCCUGAUGGAUUCGAAACAAACUGCGCCUCGGUUACGGUCUACGUCAUCUGAAACCCUGACAGCACGAAGCUGAACCGAAAGCAGCGACUCGAACAGCUGGAAACAUCUGCAGCGCCAAACAGCAGCGGGGCAGCUGCAGGGAGCGCGCGCCGACGUCAUAAAGGCUAAGACUUAAAAAUAAUAACAAUAAUGAUUUAAAUGAAUAACUUUAGCAUCACUUUUCAAAUGCAUAAAUCAAGAAUGAAUUUGACGAAGAUUCACCGGGAAGAACUGCCGACUUUAAAGGAACAUUCCACCAAAAGACGCUUCGUCAGCUUCGGAAGAAACACAAGUGAUGUCUCUGUGCAGUCAGGAUCGUCCACCUGUAGAUCAUCAAUCGGUAAACCAGCAGUGGGUGUGGCUCUCAGGCAUCCCAGUAACAGACGCAUCUCUCGCCAUACCAACCGCGUCUCAGGUGUCUUCCUCCGAGGCCCUACCUCCUCCAGCUCGGGCUCCAUGUCUCUGACUACAGGCCUCAGGUUACCUCUGCCCAUCCCUGCCAGGAAAGGCAGCAACACUUCUGCAGAUGCUCUAAUGGCAGAGGACCCAUCUGAGCUGUCCAAUCAGAUCACUGCUCCAGGAGUCCUGAAGAUCUUCGGGAAUGAAAUUUGUGAAGGAGCUGAGUAUAAGAGUGUCCUGGCCACCAUGCAGUCCAGUGCUAAAGAACUGGUCAAAGAAGCCCUUGAAAGGUACGGUCUGGACAAAGAGGAGGCGGGGUCUUAUGUUCUCUGCGAUACCAUUGGCUCCAUUGACCUGCAUCAGUGGCGGAUGGAGGGUUUACGAGUCAUCGGCGACAAUGAGAAGCCCCUCCUCCUGCAGUCUCUAUGGAAACCACGAGCAGGUUUUGCGCGGAGGUUUGAGAUCCAGAAGAGAAGCUCUGUGGAGGAGAAGACAUCCAAAGAGAAGGACACCAUCACCGCAGGUAUCAAUGCCCAGGCUCGAAAGCUACAGAAGAGCCGCUCCAGAGUGUCCUCAACGCUCAUACAGAGGACGACGGGCCAAAGCCAGAAACUAUGGAGGAGCAAAAGUGAGUUGGACCUGUUGGACUCCGACACAGAGAGCAAACAAGAGCAUAAAAAAUGUGCCAAACAUCAAAGGGACAGUCUGAGUCAGAAUCCAGAGCGGAGCUAUGAGCUCGACCCAAAAGCAAGCCCAGAAAUCAAUCAGAAUCCCACUUCAGAUCACAGCUUGGCUGCUCCCUUCAGCUCACGACGUGCCAGAACAGAGACUCUUUGUCCGCCAAGACGGAGCGGCGAGCAGGACGGAGAGGAGUCGGAGAAGGAGGAGACGGAGAGCAGCGACGAUAACACCACACAGUACUCCAUUCACCCUCCUCACGACUGUCCCUACCUGCUGCUGCUGCAGGGCUGCAGCCCCGCACAGGACUUCCUGGUCUACUUACUGGCGGGUAGAGAUGUUUUAAUUGGUCAGCAAACUGAGCCUGAAGACGGGCCAAAGGCCGACAUUGUCCUUUUUGCUCCUGACAUUGCUCAGAAGCACUGCUCCUUCAUUCGCCAAAGCGCUGGCACCCCAACGGUGCUCCUGCCUUAUCCAGAUACUGUGGUCACAAGGAACGGCGAGGGGGUGAGGAUAGGAGUGCAGCUUAACCCCGGUGAUGUCAUCGGGAUGGGACAGAGCUACCUGUUUCUAUUCAAGGAUCCUGUACACUUGAUGCUCAAGGACGACUCCUUCUUAUCUGCUGUUCCUUCGCUUCUACACAACACAGCAUCAGCUACAGAAAUGACUCUCUGCAACAGCUGCGCUGACGUCCAGACCUCGAUAAGCAAACACACCUUGAACAGUGGCCCUCCUCUCCUAAAAUCACCAGAAGGUCACACAUUGACUGCGCAAUAUGAGGCCAAGGAUGAGCAGCGCAUCAUCAGGGAGAUAGUUGCUAUGAGCAAAUGCAUCUCGGAGGACAGACCAGCGUUGACUGCCGCGUUUCUACUGUGCAUCUGUCUUCAGAAUUCAGCCAUGUGUCUGCAGACCUCAGACCUCCGCAGGCUCCUGCUGCUGGUCGCUGAUGGAAUUCAGACUGCUGUGUGGGUGUGCACAAAGGAUUUGGCUGGAGCUCAACCGGAAGUCCUCAGUGUUGAAGGUUCAUACUCAGUCCAACUGGAGCCCCUUAGCCUAGAGGAGGUGAUUUCAGGUUUGCGCCCUCUUGUGGUGUGGAUGUCCAACAGCCUGGAACUGCUGCAUUUCAUCCAGAACCAGCUGCCACUUAUUCUGGAGUGGAGAACCCACAAAGAGCAGGGACAAAAGGAUGAAGAGGAAAUAGAAGAAACUGCAAACUGCAAGGAAGAGGAGAAAAUAGGCCUGUUGGAACUACGUCUGUCCUCUGUGCGCUCAGCCAGUGAAGAGACGGUUUCUGUCCUGGAGGAAGUCAUCCUGCUGGCCUUCCAGCAGUGUGUGUACUACAUCACCAAGGUUCUCUACCCCAUCCUUCCUCGUCUUUUGGACUGCAACCCCUUCAAGGAACCUUCUGACCAGCACAGUGCCACUGAGAGGGAUCCAGUCCUGGAUAUUGGUCAGCUUGAGGAGGUUGUGGAGGUCUUAUCUGAGACUCAGCAAAUACUCUUGGACUGUCAGCUCCACCCACAGAUUUCUGCUCAGCUCUUCGCCUACCUGUUCUACUUCAUCAAUGCCUCGCUCUUCAACUCACUCAUGGAGAGAGGCUCUGAACCCGGGUUCUACCAGUGGUCCACAGGCGUGCGCAUGCGGGUCCAUCUUGACCUGAUCUUGGACUGGGCUCACGCGUCUGGACUGGGGGAAGUGGCCUUGGAGCAAACACGAGCUCUCUCGUCAGCUAUCAGUCUGCUGGCCACACCGAGAAACACUUUACUGCAGACAUGCUGGGCGUCUUUGCGGUCCAGGUAUCCGGCCCUGAGUCUGGCCCAGCUGAACCACCUGCUGAGUCUGUACGGACCCUCGUCUCCCUGCAGACACGCGUGGGCGCCGUCUCAACACGACCAAGCCGCCGCUCACAACACUGCUGACAUCCUGCUGAGUUUUGACAGCCAUCACACUGUGGUUCUGCCGGACGGAGGUUACCAGUUCCUGCUGAGAAAGUCCAUAAUGGACUCGGCGUUGAGGGACCAGCUGGAUGUGCUCAAAGAUUUUAUCUCCGAUCUCUGUAACUCACCGUCUGAAACGGUCAGCAUCACUAGUGAGGAAGCACAGGGUAGCACUGUUCCCAUCAUGGAGCCCAAACCGAUGGAAGUCCUGCAAAAACACGGCCUGGACCCCUCAGAUGCACCAGCAGUGGAGGUUGUCUUAUCUCCAGUUCCUGCUGCCUCACCCCCGUCACCCCCAUCACCGUUCUGUCCUCCUUCCUCCACUCACCCCCCGAAUGAGUUUGGCUCCUGUGCUGCACUCCUUUUGUCCCAGAAGCUCAGAGACCUCCAGAAGCAGACUGAAGAGUCUGACGCCCCUGAGAAGAGGGGGUCAGUUUUUGACCCUUCCUGUUUCCUUACUCCACCCAACACCCCCCAAAAUGAGCUGCUUCGCCGGUCGUCUGGUGUCGAUGCUCAAGAUGAAGGUGGGUUAGUGUUUGGAAGCUUUUCUGCACUGACAGUCGAUCGCCUGAAGUCGGAUGGCAGCAGCAUGACAAAGAUCAUGGAGCUUAAAGAAGAAGAAGAAGAAGAGCAGGAGGUGGAACACGACGGCGAUGAGAUUUUUAGUCUGGAACUGAAGCAGGGGGAACAAGGACUUGGUCUUGCUCUGGUUGAUGCGAAGGACACUUCGCUGAGGGUGAAAGGUGUCUUUAUCCGAGCAGUGGUCCCGGAGAAUCUGGUUCCAGGAGACCGUAUCCUGGCUGUGAACAGAUUCAGCCUAUUUGGAAAGGACUACCAGCGUGGAAAGGAACUGAUCCAGUCAUCAGACAGACUGAGGUUACUGGUGGCCAGAUCUGAUUGGAUGGUUAAAGCUUUACAGGCUGAAUGCUGAGUUCAGUUUGCAGUAGUUGAAGAUUAUUCCUGCCAGGGCACCUUAUCUGGACAAGCCUACGUGUUGUUGUUUAAGAAGUGGACUCGCGUGAGAGAUUUUCUGGUCAAGAUACAGAUCUGUAAGUGGCAAAACGCACAAGCAAAUCAAACAUGGGAGGAGCCACUAAUGCUCCCUGAGGUGACACAGAUCAGCUUCUCCUCCAUCUUCUUCCGCUCGAACCGCAGCCCCCACUGGUGCUCCUGGACCAUCCGGUGGCCCCAUCUUGGUAUAGCUCACUUGCAAACCUCAAGAGGAAAAAACUAAGCAUUAAAAAAGUGGUUAAGAGAAAGGGCCAUUAAAGUUUUGUGUUUUUCCA